AACCUUGAUACAUAUCUGUUAACUCCUAGAUUACGUGUUCAAUCAUCUCUCCUUCCUUCCCUGUUCAUCAAUCUUCAAAAUUUCUAUAAAUCAUUUCCAACCUCUCUCAGGAUCCCAACUUUUCAAAAUCGCAUUGCAAUUCAAACCUCGAUUUUCCCUUCUGUCAGAUUCUCACUUUCACUUUAUAAUUUUCUCUUUACUAUAAUUUGAAAUUACGCGGGAAGAGAUUUAUCUUGGUGUCUUCUGCAAAUAUGAUUCAAAGGGCUGCAUGCUUUCGCAGAUUGUUUAAAUCUUCAGCUUUGCCUUCAAAGGUUGAAUUUAGAUACUACACGGCUCAGGCGGCAACUUCUUUACGACCUUCUGUUUACAGUGAUGAUGAGAUUGCUGAUGUCGAUUGGGACAAUCUUGGAUUCGGCUUAAUACCAACUGAUUUUAUGUAUGUGACAAAAAGCACUGAAGAUGGGCAUUUCGAACAAGGCCAACUUAAUCGCUAUGAGAAUAUCCAAUUGAGCCCCUCUGCUGGUGUCUUAAAUUAUGGACAAGGGCUGUUUGAAGGAACAAAAGCCUAUAAAAGAGAUAAUGGACGCCUGUUUCUAUUCCGUCCUCAUUUGAAUGCAAUCAGAAUGCAGAUUGGAGCUGAAAGAAUGUGUAUGCCCUGUCCUUCCACAGAUCAAUUUGUCGACGCUGUGAAACAAAUUGCUCUAGCUAACAAGCGAUGGGUUCCUCCUCCUGGAAAAGGAUCUCUAUAUAUUAGGCCUUUGCUUUUUGGAAGUGGACCUGUACUCGGAUUGGCUCCAGCACCUGAGUACACUUUCCUUGUUUAUGCUUCCCCUGUGGGAAACUAUUUCAAGGAAGGAACAGCACCAUUGAAGUUGAUUGUCGAGGAAGAUUUUCAUCGUGCCUCACGUGGUGGAGCUGGUGGAGUCAAAAGCAUUACUAACUAUGCCCCUGUUUUACAAGCCAUAAGGAAUGCAAGGGGGAGAGGAUUUUCUGAUGUAUUGUACCUUGAUUCUGUAAAUAAGAGAUACAUUGAAGAGGUCUCUUCCUGUAACAUUUUCCUUGUGAAGGGAAAAGUGAUUUCAACUCCAGUAGCAUUUGGAACCAUUCUUGAAGGAGUGACAAGAAAAAGCAUCAUGGACAUUGCAACUGAUCUUGGAUACCAGGUUGAAGAACGUUUAAUCGAAGCUGAUGAAUUGAUUAGUGCCGAUGAAGUCUUCUGCACAGGCACUGCAGUUGGUGUUGCUCCCGUAGGUAGUAUUACUUAUAAAGGCAAAAGGAUUGAGUUUAAAAUAAGCUCGGAGUUGACAUGUAAGCAACUUUAUUCGAGACUCGUAGGGAUACAAAAAGGGCUACUCGAGGACAAGAGGGAUUGGAUCGUUGAAAUCGAAUGAUUCCUUUUUUUCUCUUUUUUUCUUUUCUUUUUAUCUCUUUGCAAAGAAUAUAGAUAUGUAAAAUGAUAAUUGGCAAUGUACAAAUCGUUUGUGAACUAUGAAACUAGAAGUUAUCAUA